GUCACAAGUGACUGAAAAGACAGUUAAGUUAUAAAAUGUGCUGAAAAGAAGAACUAGAUUUCACAAGCUUUUAAAAUGCUCUUGAACAGUUGUUUUCAUAAUAAUCCAUUAUCCAACUAAAUGAUGUUAUGACCAUAAUCCAUUUACCUUUGUUAUUUAUACCAGUGUGGUGAGACACACUGUUUUUGCAAACUGGUAUGCAGAUAUUAGUGUUGUGAGAUUUUGCUCAGUUGUUGGGAAAAUAACUUUCUGGUUGAAUAUUGUGCUGAGGAAUUAUUCAAAGGGAUAAUAAUCAGCACUAUUACUGAGCUAGUUUUGCUGCUAACAAAAGAAGAAAUGGAGAACUCAACUGAGAUUGUGUCUUUUGUGCUGGCAGCCUAUGGUAAUAUUGGAGAGUUAAAAUAUCUCUAUUUCAGCAUAAUGCUGUUAUGGUACCUCUCAAUAUGUGUGGCCAACACAGUUCUUAUUAUAGUCAUAUAUGUGGACAAAAGGUUGCAUGAGCCAAUGUACAUAUUACUAUGUAAUUUAUUUGUGAAUGAAAUCGGUGGCAGCACAUCACUGUAUCCUCUUAUGCUCUCACAGAUGUUUUCAGAUACCCAUGAAGUGACCCUGCCAUGGUGUUUUCUACAUAUGUGUUAUAUCUACAUAAGUACGUCAGUUGAGUUUUGCAGUUUAGCAGCCAUGGCUUACGACAGAUAUGUCGCUAUCUGUUAUCCUUUACACUACAGUGUCAUUAUGAAUACGGGGAGAGUCGGUAUGAUCAUUCUGUUUGUAUGGAUGUAUUCAUUUGUUAAUUUUGUAUUCUCAUUUUCAUUCGUCAUCCAUUUGAAGUUUUGUGGAAAUGUCAUUGACAAAGUGUUCUGUGAUCACCACUUAGUGAUUAAACUUGCAUGUUCAGCUUCAGUAGUACACAAAAUAUCUGACCUCCUUUUUGCCUUUGUGACCAUUGUUAUCCCUGUUAGUCUAAUUUCAGUCUCUUAUAUGAAGAUUUUGGCUGUUUGUCUGAAUACUUCUAAAGAAAACAAACAAAAAGCCGUCUCCACCUGCACACCUCAGAUUGUCUCAGUGUCAAAUUUAUUUGUUGGCUGCAUUUUUCACUUUGUUGAUUCCAGGUUUGAUGUUGCUCAUGUACCAGACAAAGUACGCAUUAUUUUAUCUGUGUAUCUCCUCAUUUGCCAACCAAUGGUCACCCCCUUUAUGUAUGGAUAUAACCUACCGAAGAUAAAACAAUCCUGUAAAAGAUUUCUGUUUAAUCGAAAUAUAAAUGUUUAGAGCAAGGAUGACUAUCUCUGCUCUGUGGAAAAACAACAUUA